UUUACUCGCAAAUUAUUAAAUAUUUCAAAAUACAGGUUAUUAAGAAAAAAAAUGAAGAAAAUAAAUACAGUAUUCAAAAUAAUACACUUUGUAUCAAUUUGCUUUGGUACAGCUUCAUUUAUUUCAUUAUUGUCCAAUGCAAAUUGUUAUGAUCAUCUCAUACCCCUGCUUAUAAAGGAUCUAUUCUUUAACUACAAUUUUGUGAAAGUAGCAAUUUAUGGAUUUCUCAUUCCACACACAUGUGUGUUUACUUUUGCCACAAUGUUUAUAGCAACUUAUUUUGUUAUGCAUUUUAAAUUUCUGAUGCAAUGUUUAAAUGAAGAUGUUAAACAGUUUAUAGAAGAAGAUACAGAAAAUAGGCGUAGUGAUAUAAAUGACCUACAAUACCAGAAUUAUGUAAGACAACAGAUAACUCAUAUUUGCAUAAAAUUUGUAAGAAUUAAAGGUGAUGUAGAUGCAUUAAAUUUGUUUAUAAAAUGGCGCUGUGUUUCAUUCAUAUUUACUGGAGCUUUGGCCUGCGGGGGAGAAGUAAUAUGUGUUUUGAUUACAAAUGGAAAUCAGGGGACAUAUUAUAUGGGAAUGGCUUUUGGUUCCAUUUUAAUAUUUUUUAUUGGAUCAGAGAUUGGUCAUCAACUGCAGAUUGAGAGCGAGAACUUGUUAACAAAUAUCUUACGGUUUAAAUGGUACCAGUGGAAUAAAGCAAAUUGCGAAAUGUUUAUUAUAUUACUAUUGCAAAUUCAGAAACCAGUAGUAAUUAAAUGUUUUGCAUUUCCUUAUAUAAAUCGAGAAUUAUUACUCAGCGUUUUUAGAAUAGUUCAUGGUUAUAUAGCAUGUUUUCAGUCAAUGAAGAAAAACUAAAAUCGAUUUGUUAAAAUAUUAUAAUACCUUAUGUAUAUCUUGUAUUAUGAUGUACUAAAAUAAAAAAUAACUUGUAUU